AUGGAGAUAAACUCGUUAAGUGAGACCACUCAAAAAAGAAAUGGCAGGUCUGAUUUGUCAAGAAGUGCUAACGUUCGCGGUAUUUUCAUAAAAAUUAUUGAUUAUUUCAAGUCCUUGUUUGCGAGAUCAAAGAGUUCAGAUAUUGGCAACCAUAAAAUCGAAGACGAGUUAAGAUUGGAAAAGUUUAUUUUUAUAAAAGUUUCUGUAAACUUAGAAUUUAUAAUUAGAAAAGUUAGAGUUGUUAGCAAAAGUGUUGUAGUAACAGAUUGUGGGUUUAGAACACCAGUUAGAACUUGA